AUGACGUUCCCUACCCGCAAGAUCGGUCAGCACGACGUCUCUGCUGUAGGCUACGGCGCGAUGGGACUGUCUGCGUUCUAUGGCAAGCCGCUGCCAGACGAGGAGCGUUUCAAGGUGUUGGAUGCUGUCUACGAGAGCGGCUGCACGAUGUGGGACACAGCCGACGCAUACGGAGACAGCGAGCUCCUCCUCGCACAAUGGUUCAAGCGUACCGGAAAACGCGACGAGAUAUUCCUCGCGACAAAAUUCGGGCUCUUCUCUGGCAUACCCGGACGUGCUGCUAACGGGGACCCCGAUUAUGUCCACAAGGCUUUCCAAAAAUCGAUCGGCAGAUUGGGCGUGGACUCAAUCGAGUUGUACUAUUUGCACCGACCUGAUCCCACCGUGCCAAUUGAAAAGACCGUCGGUGCUAUGGCUGAGCUCGUAAAGGCCGGCAAGGUAAAGUACCUCGGUCUCUCCGAGUGCUCGGCCGCUACCCUGCGCCGCGCACACGCAGUGCAUCCGAUCGCCGCGCUGCAGGUCGAAUACUCGCCCUUCACCCUCGAAAUCGAAGAUGAGAAAAUAGCGCUGCUCACGACGGCGCGGGAGCUAGGCGUUGCGAUCGUGGCGUACUCUCCCCUUGGACGGGGCAUGUUGACGGGACAGUAUAAAUCCCCAGACGACUUUGAGGAUGGCGACUUCAGGAAGAUGAUACCCCGCUUCUCGAAGGAGAAUUUUCCCAACGUUCUCAAGCUCGUCGACGGGUUGAAGCAGAUCGGUGCAAAGCACAAUGCGACGCCAGGUCAGGUCUCCCUGGCGUGGCUCCUCGCCCAGGGCGAGGAUAUUAUUCCUAUUCCUGGGACUUCGAACAUUGCUCGAUUCAAAGAGAAUAUCGGUAGCGUGCAGGUCACACUAACCCCGGAUGAGCUGCGCGAGGUCCGUGAGAUCGCUGAGAGCGUGUACGUCCAUGCUCCUCGGUACCCUACCACAUAUGCGUCGCAUGCUGCGUUAUUGUUUGGGGAUACACCGGCAUUGUAA